UGUGGCAUGAUCACGCUCAAGUGGGUCCACUGAAAUUUCGUGGUUCCUUCUUCAUCUCUCUCUCUUCCUCUGAUCACCAAAGAAUUCCACAGAUCAUAGUUCCCCAAAUCUUCAAAUCGUCGGUGAAAAUUUAGAAAAAAAAAUGCCGUCCACAUUCAGCGGCGAUGAAACUGCUCCUUUCUUUGGCUUCCUCGGCGCGGCUGCUGCCCUCGUUUUCUCCUGUAUGGGAGCCGCGUACGGGACGGCGAAGAGUGGUGUCGGAGUGGCGUCGAUGGGAGUGAUGAGGCCAGAGCUGGUAAUGAAAUCGAUCGUCCCUGUUGUUAUGGCUGGAGUUUUGGGUAUAUAUGGGUUGAUUAUUGCGGUUAUUAUAAGUACUGGGAUUAACCCGAAGGCCAAAUCUUACUACCUUUUCGAUGGCUAUGCUCAUCUUUCCUCUGGUCUCGCUUGUGGCCUCGCUGGUCUCUCCGCCGGCAUGGCUAUUGGAAUCGUCGGCGACGCUGGCGUUAGAGCGAAUGCCCAACAGCCGAAGCUUUUUGUUGGAAUGAUUCUAAUUCUCAUUUUUGCUGAGGCUUUGGCUCUGUAUGGACUCAUUGUUGGCAUCAUCCUUUCUUCCCGGGCUGGUCAAUCCCGAGCAGAAUAGAGUGCAAGUUCUGAGACUUGGGUUAUUGCUAGUUGGCAUCAUUUGGUUGUCUUGUCUCCUAUUUGUUUCACUAGCAUGCAGUGUGAAACAUUUUUCAAGUAGUUAUUUUGAACUCAUUCAUGAAUUUUCUUUAAGUGGUUCUAUGCUGUUUGUAUGAUUAGAACAUAGAUUCAAUUUGAAAUAAACCUUGUUUUACAUUUUUUUCUUAUCUAUUCAUGUAAUCUACAUGUAAGGUCGAUGAGAUGUAAAGACUGUUAUAAUGAUACUUAAUGUCUGCUCUGUCUCUGAUCAUCUUGGUAUUGACAUUGAUGCAAUGAAGUUCUACUGUCAGCUUCCCUUCUUCCA